CGAAACCCCACAUGCUUUCUAAAUCUAGGAGUAAAAACAAGUCCAACCACUCUCUCCCUGUAUUAAUCUCUCCCACCAUUUCUCUCAUCUCUAGAAUCCACAUCGCUCCUCCAUUCCAGUCACCCCUUCGUCGUCCCCAAAUCAAAUCGCAGAUCCUCUCAUCUCCCCUAAAUUCCAAACAAUUCAACGAAAAUGAGAGAGAUCUUGCACAUCCAAGGGGGACAAUGCGGCAACCAAUUGGUUCCAAGUUCUGGGAAGUCAUCUGCAAUGAACACGGAAUCGAUUCAACCGGCCGUUACACCGGAUCAACACCCGAACUCCAACUUGAACGAAUCAAUGUUUAUUACAACGAGGCAUCCGGUGGCAGAUACGUUCCUCGUUCUAUACUCAUGGAUCUCGAACCUGGUACUAUGGAUAGCAUUAGAUCUGGUCCUUAUGGCCAGAUCUUUAGACCUGAUAACUUUGUGUUUGGGCAAUCCGGUGCCGGAAAUAAUUGGGCGAAGGGGCAUUACACUGAAGGGGCUGAGUUGAUCGAUUCUGUUCUUGAUGUUGUUCGUAAGGAGGCUGAGAAUUGUGAUUUAUUACAAGGGUUUCAGGUUUGCCAUUCACUUGGAGGAGGAACAGGGUCUGGAAUGGGGACACUAUUGAUUUCAAAGAUAAGAGAGGAAUACCCAGAUAGAAUGUUGCUUACAUUUUCUGUUUUUCCAUCGCCAAAAGUCUCGGAUACUGUUGUUGAGCCCUACAAUGCUACACUCUCUGUUCAUCAGCUGGUUGAAAAUGCUGAUGAAUGUAUGGUUCUUGACAAUGAAGCCCUUUAUGACAUCUGUUUCAGAACCCUAAAGCUCACCACUCCAAGUUUCGGCGACCUAAACCACUUAAUCUCCGCAACCAUGAGCGGCGUAACAUGUUGCCUUCGUUUCCCCGGUCAACUCAACUCCGACCUCCGAAAACUGGCAGUCAACCUAAUCCCCUUCCCCCACCUGCACUUCUUCAUGGUCGGUUUCGCCCCUCUAACCUCCCGUGGGUCCCAACAAUACAUUUCCCUAACCGUCCCCGAACUCACACAACAAAUGUGGGAAGCGAAGAACAUGAUGUGUGCCGCGGACCCUCGCCACGGGCGAUACCUAACCGCGUCUGCUAUGUUUCGUGGCAAAAUGAGCACGAAAGAAGUCGAUGAACAAAUGAUAAACAUCCAAAACAAAAACUCGUCUUAUUUCGUUGAAUGGAUACCGAAUAAUGUGAAAUCGAGCGUUUGUGAUAUCCCUCCAACGGGGGGCUUUCAAUGGCGUCGACUUUUAUCGGGAAUUCGACUUCGAUUCAAGAGAAUGUUUAGACGAGUGAGCGAGCAGUUUACGGUUAUGUUUAGGAGGAAGGCGUUUUUGCAUUGGUAUACGGGGGAAGGGAUGGAUGAGAUGGAGUUUACGGAGGCGGGAGAGUAAUAUGAAUGAUUUGGUGGCGGAGUAUCAGCAGUAUCAGGAUGCGAUGGUGGAGGAGGAGGAGGAAGGCGAAGGGGAGUACGAGGGUUAAAAAUGUAAAAUGGUUGUUGGAAUAAGGUGUCGAGGGACUUGUAUGCGGCUAUAAAAAGAAGAGACUCCAUGCAUGACUUAUUUACGUCAUUGACUUAUUUAGAUCAUCGGAAAUACUCUUAGAAAAAUUGUAUAAUCCAUGUCUGAUUCACUCUUGUCGUGUGUAACAAAGGCAGAUGCAAACGAAAUGGUAUGAUAGAAUUAGAAAAUGAAUCAAAUUGUUUAUUCUAUUGCGAUAAGAAAAUUGUAUUUAUUUUGUUAACUAGAUGAGGAGCCCGGGAUGGAUCUAUACAGAUAUGAUCGUUUUUGGCAUCUGGUGCUUCUUAUGAAUAUGAAGGAUUACAUUUGUGG